AAAAUAAUUUUUUUAAGUUUUUAUAGUAUAAAUUAACUGUUAUAAUUUUUGCUGUUUUUUCUGCUACAGAUUUCUUAUAUUUAUGGAAAUAUUAUAAUCCGGCUUGCAUAUCUUUAUUAGAAAAGUUGGAAGAUUGAAAAUAUCAUAUCAAUAACACUUAUUAAAAAUGUGAUAGGAGAUGGUACAAUAUAUUUCAAGCACAUAUUCACAUCAAGUCGAUUUUGUUUAACUGUAAUGUAUGGUUUAAGGCAAAUUGACAGAGCACAUGUCACAGUAACAAGUACUAUUAUCAAUUUUUUUCCCCGACAACUGAGGACACAAUCGAAGAACCAACAAUUCUAUCUGACCUGUGACAGUCGGUGUGGUCGGCGCGUCAUUCGGUUCAUGUGCGCAAGCCUAGUCGAAAAAUCGAUAAGCUCGAAAGGCGCAUAAACCCCCGAUGCUGUGAAUUGCCACAGAGUUAGUGAGCGCGUAUCGUACACCGACGACACCGACAACGACGUCGACGACGAGAACGAUUGACGUGAACGUCAUUGAUGUGAGACACGAGUCUCAGUUUUGUUUACCGUGUCCUUGAGCGACACAAUCCUUUAUCUUUUCAUCCGAGGAGCGGAUCAACAAGGUGGCCAGAAAAGGUGGUCAGGGAAAGUUAUGAGGCCCUGCUUCAUACCUAUCGUUGUCGUCCUGAUCCUGAUCGAGCGACCCGAUCGUAGCGACAGUAUCUCCUUUAAAACAGUGAAGACAUGGGCACACAAGCUAGGCUUCGAGCUGUCACAGUUGGGCAAGUUUGUGACAAAGCUGGAGAAAUUCCAAGAGAGUUUCAAGACGGCGGACGUGACGCCACGUGACGGAGCCUCCAUCGUCCAGGACAUCGCUAAGGAUAUCAAAACUAUGAUGGAAUCCAAAAUCUCGGCUAUCAAGAGAAUAAUGGACACAGCAGAGCAAUCGGCGCUAUCGUCUUCGAAUGGGGAUCCACCGGAAUCCUACGAGUUUAUCAACGCAAAGAACAUCUCUAUCGAGCUCGAAUAUAGUCUUCACUUUGGUGGCCAGGUGAAUCUCAGCAUGUCGGCAGUGCACGUGCCCACGAAUGUGUACGAGCGCGCGUCAGAUGUCAUCCGGGCGAUUCAGUGGUCCGAAAAGCUCGAUCCCAUCUUCGUCAACAAUUAUGAGCAAGACCCAUCAUUGUCCUGGCAGUACUUUGGUAGCGCAACAGGCUUCAUGCGCCAAUAUCCCGCUAUGAAUUGGUAUAUGAUGCCUGUGGAUCUGUUCGACUGUAGGACGAGGAGCUGGUACAUCGAAGCGGCCACCAGUCCCAAAGAUAUUCUCAUUCUGAUGGACACUUCUGGUAGCAUGACGGGUAUACGACGGGAGAUCGCCAGACACGUGAUCAACAACAUCCUUGACACUCUCGGCAACAACGACUUUGUUAACGUCAUCACGUUCUCCGAUACGAUCAGAGGGGUAGUGCCGUGCUUCAACGACACUCUGGUCCAGGCGAAUCUGGCAAACGUGCGCGAGCUGAAACGAGCCAUUAUGAACCUUACCACGGAGAAUAUCGCCAACUUUUCGCUAGCUUUGACUACUGCCUUUGAACUACUUGAAACAUUUCGCACCGAGCAAGAGGGUGCCAAGUGCAAUCAGGCGAUUAUGCUGAUCAGCGACGGAGUGCCGUAUAAUUUCAAAGAGAUCUUUGCAACAUACAAUUGGAAGGACAACCCGGAGCAUCCGCUGAAGGCCGACAUGCCCGUCAGAGUAUUCACCUAUCUAAUCGGCCGGGAGGUCGCGGAUGUGCGUGAGAUACAGUGGAUGGCUUGUGCGAAUAGAGGAUAUUACGUGCAUCUAUGCACUCCGGCGGAAGUGAGAGAAGAAGUAUUAAAGUACGUGCCGGUGAUGGCUAGGCCUCUGGUGCUGGGCCGCACGGAUCACCCGACCAUCUGGACGCCCGUCUACGCCGAUGUGACAGAUCCGAAAAUGACAGAUUGGCUGUGGGAGCAGCGCGAGAGUGAGGAGCAAAAGGAGCUCAUUCUGCGCCACAAGUACAAAAUGUACAAUAUGGAGGAGCAGGAUCGGAUAUUUGUGAAGAAGCAGAAGCGACGGCACGAUCAAACGAGCGGAUUGCAGAAGUACAAGCUGAUGACUUCGGUCAGCAUGCCGGUGUUUGAUCGACGCGAAAACAUGAACAUCACAAGGCAGGUGCUGGUGAACGAAGCGUAUUGGGUGACAGAGACAAGAGAGACGAAGAUCGCCAAUCUCCUCGGUGUUGCCGGCACGGAUGUUCCGAUCGAAGAAAUUCAGAAGCUGAUGAUGCCACACAUGCUCGGCGUCAACGGCUACGCUUUCAUCGUCACCAACAAUGGUUUUAUUCUGAUUCAUCCUGAUCUCCGCCCAGUGUUCCAGGGCAUCUUAAAACCGGCAUAUAAUAGCGUCGAUAUGGCGGAGGUCGAAUUAAUGGAUCACGACAGAGGCCCCAGGGAAUUCGAUGAAGGAAUCAUUAUGCUUCGCAACGACGUGGUGAAUCAGACGAACGGUAGCGUGACGCUUCAUACAAAGUAUCAUUAUGACGAUAUGAAACGCGUCGGCAGAGUGAAGAGAAAAUACAAUUACAUGGGAAUCGCAAACACACCAUUCACAGUGGUGGUCAGCUUGCCCGAAUACGAACACACUGGAAAUUAUCGCGUGCGUGCUACCGAGGAAAUACAUCGAACACACGUUAAAGGGAAAAACGUGACAGAUUACUUCGCGGGUAGUAACUGGCGGGUGCACCCCCAUUGGAUGUACUGCAAGUACCACUACGAGGGUGAACAUAGAUUCAACACCUCGGAGAUGCAGCUCCUACACUUUCUGGAGCGUACCCGCCAACCAGGCUGGAAGUGGAUCGACAUGAAGCAACGAUCCCAGCCGCCGGAAUACGCCGCUUCAGCUCCUCCCCAUGCCUCUCAUACGAAUCCCUCCAAGGCCGACAAGAACUCAUACUAUUGCGACAGGAAUUUAUUACUCAGUUUGGUGUACGAUGCUAGGGUAACCGAGUGGUUUGCCCAGCAAACCCCAGCUAAUCCCAGCUCCACUCGCGAGGCAUCAGGGAAGGAAUUUCAACAACGUUUCGCGGUGACUCUGGCGUUCAUGGCCACGCAUAGCGGUCUGACCAGGUGGCAGGAUUUUCCAGUGGAUGAGAACAUGUCGCUACCGGAUGAUCAUUUCAGCAAACUGUAUCCUCGAGCCAUCGAUGAGGUGUGGUACAAACGGGCAGUCGAGCAAUAUUAUGUGAAUUGGGACAGCUUUGUUUUCUCCGUCCCGAUUGAUGAUCUAGGUUCCGACAAUACUACUCUGGUCACUGCUAGUCGUGCAAUAUUUAUUGUAAAAGACAAGAUGAAGGCGCCGAUCGCAGUGGUCGGCUUCCAGUUCCAGCACACUGCCUUGCAAGCACUUUUCCAGAACAUAACGUUCAGCUGCGAGGGACUCGAUCGCAAUUGCAACAGGCAUUGCGGUGAUGACAGCUGGGAAUGUUAUCUGCUUGACAAUAACGGCUUCAUAGUCGCUGCUAAGAAGGAAAAGGAUGCCGGUAAAUUCUUUGGUGAGGUCAAAGGUUCGAUUAUGCAUAGCCUGGUCAAGGAAGGUGUCUUCGAGAGAAUAAGGAUAUUCGACUACCAAGCGGUAUGCUUCAAGAGUGCGCCGUCCAAAAACGCCGGCAGUUCCCUAUUUACACCGUGGAAACAUCUCCAGAAGGCAAUAUCAUGGAUGGUCAGUCAAGCCGCUUGGGCUUGGGCAAAGACAGGCAUAAUGGAGCCAGAUUAUGCAAGGGCGUAUGGCUACGUCAAUGAUGAGGAGACCGCUACUCACGAUGAUCACGAUGAUCACGAUGAUCAUGAAAGUGAAGAGAAAUCUUUGCCAGCUGAUCCGAAGGACGAAAAAGCCUUCGAUGACUCGCUUCUGAUCAAUCGUACGCGUUUAGAAGUGUGCGAUCAAGAGGUGUAUCUGUACUUGCGCAAUACCUCGUUCGACAUGUACGACGUGGACGCGGACGACAAGUGCAUACGACCAUACGUAGUGCAGCAGGUGAGCUUCAGCAACUUGUUGCUGGUGGUGGUGAACACGGACUGCGGCGAAAUGGACUCGCCGAUGUUGAGCAUCACGCCAGAGGAAGUAAUAUACGAGAACAACACCCUGGUCUGUCAGAAGGCAUUCGCGGGCCUCAAGCGAAAGCGACCACAAUCCUGCAUACGCUCGCAUUCCAACGAGAGCCAGAUCAAGGAUCAGUGCGGCCUAGCGACGAGCGCUAGAUCAAGUCUGCGUCUCCUGGUGACGACGUUGUUGCUGACAUGCACGCUGAUUGGAAGGAACGUCAUCCUUCUCUAAGAUCGAACUGGAAUUCAUGGCCAAGAAUCGGUGUCAAAUUAAUCGACAGUCGUGUGUAUUCGCCGAGGAUCGAACUCUCGACUGUCGUAUUGAGAGAUCUGAAUGAAACCUCGCCGACGAACGUAUAUGGAUAUUUGUAAAUUACAUCGUUUUCUUCGGCGAUCGGGGUUGCUACAUGUAAAUUCGAUUUUUCACCUAACACUCUUCCUUGAUCUUUUCAAUCAAUAAAUGACACUUUUUUCGCGAAUUGAGAUUCUUGAAUAUAAUUAUGUUUAUUUAAAAAAACUUGAGUAAACAAAAAGAAAUAAUGAAAGUAAAAUAACUCCCUCUCUCUUUCUCUCUUUUCUAAACAGAUUUUUUUUAUUUCUGUUAAAAUAUUUUCAUGUACACAUACAGGGUGGAUUAUUUUAAUCAAUCCACGCGAAUGUCUCGAAAAGGAGAAGUUUUUCAACAAAAUGUUUCAGGAAAAAGUUUUAUGACUUCGAGGGGGACAUAAGAUAGUGGCAAUGAUUUGAUCUUGGAUAGUCAUUUGAAGGCCACAUGAAAGUCACCUUCAAUUUCUUAAAUUGAAUCCUCUAUUUUUUCAUGGCAUAUUCUUGUAGCUUACCUCGAAAGCUUUUCAAAACAUUAUAAUAAAGUAUUUUUUCAUUAAGUAUUUUUUAAUUAUUUUUAUCUGAAUUUAUUAUUAAAAAUACAUAUUUUAAUAAUUUAAUAAAAUAUGUAUUUUUUUAUUACAUUAAACAUUUUUCUAAAAAUAUGAGAGAGAGAGAAACAUUAUAUAAUAAAUAAUAUAGUGAAAUGUUUCUAAAUAUUGCGGAUUAAUUAUGUAUCAACCCUGAUCAUAGAUGCUCUGAGAUAUUCUAUGCUCUCUACCUCUCGUUACUGCUUUCAGCAGGCUGUAACCGCUCUUAUACAGACGUAAUCGAGUUACUCUAAACGAAUUUAACGUGCUAUCCGAUCCUACCCGGUGCGCCCAAUUUCUACGCGAGUAAUGCGGUGAAUCAAACGUGGCGAACGCAAUCGAUAUCAAAAUGUGUGCUAAGAUACAAAAUUCUUCUCCAUCGUGAUCGAUCGUCAAGAAAUUAAGAUUAGAUGAUCAGAAUUAGAUGCGUUUAGCGUAGUAUUUUUUGCUAAGAUACUUUUCGUGCAUUAUAAUUCGACGAAAGAUUUUCGUCGGUGCACUCCGAUAAAUGAGUUGUAAAUCAAUGAACUAAAAGAAAUCGUUAGAAAUGCAUCCUUUUUAAAAUUAAGCGUUCAUUUUCGCCGCGGAUGAAGUCCUGUCAAUUCCUUUCGCAAUCUAGCCACCUUUUAAUGUACCACGCUCGAAUCGACAGAUGAUCUGACAAUUUCGAGAAUGCCUUGGCAGAUAAAUUUAUGCAAAAAUAGGCAUUCCUAGUGCCAAGUACAUGUAAAUAAAAAAAUCGAACUUUACGAAGAAGGUAUAAAAACUCUGCGUGCUCUGGGAAAAUCUUGAGUCAGCGUAAAUGCUAUUAGUAAUUCGUUGAAACUCGUAGAUUUUUCUAGCUGUCGAAGCCGGGAGGGUCGCAUAAAUCACACACGGCGCAUGUUCGGCGAAUACUCUAUACAUACGAUACGUACGCGCUUUGUUGUACAUUAUAAAAUUGACGACGCGACAAGCGACGACGCGCCGCGUUUGACAUUUAUAAAAAGAUUAUAAAAAGUUAAUUUUGUAUAUUACUGUAUUAUAUACGAGAUUUAUGUGUAAAGAAGUGUGUGCCUUUGGACACGCGUUUAAGACAGGAAAAGAAAAAAAAGAGAAAAAAAAUACAAAAUCUCUUGUUGUGUAUGUUUAUCGAAAAUAAAUCACCAAAUAAUCUGUAUAUAUAUAUAUAUAUAUAUAUAUAUAUAUAUAUAUAUAUAUAUAAAACCAAACUCCGAUUCUCGAAUAGUAAUCUCGUUGCAAGAAGAGAGCGAGUUCCAUUCGAAGAACAGAGAAAUGUUAUUUGUAUUACAUAGAGUUUAUUACAAUUUGCUAUGUACGAUGGCUUGCCUAUGUAAAACGAGAAUGUUUUCAUAUCAAAAUGACAACUUUUCAAGAGAA